AUGGCGACCAUCACCGAGCAAGGCGGGAUCCCCCAACUCAACGCCAGUACAGGUACAGGUACAGGUAUAUGGCUUCUAGAUAUGGCGAAGAGCGUCCCAAGCAGUGUUACCCUCGUCGGCGUUGACAUCCAAAGCCGAUUGUUUCCACCGGCCCAGCCGAACAUGAAGUUCUUCGUCGGCUCAACAUUCGACCUGCCUACCGAAAUGGAUUGUACUUUCGCACUUGUACACCAGCGCCUUAUGGUGGCUGCUUUCAGCUACGAAGGAUGA